AUGCCAUAUAAGAAGACGACUGCUGGAAAAAGAGUCCCUGCCAAAAGGAAACUUGCUGAAGUGUUUGCUCUGGGGGAGGUUUUGGCGGAUACAUCAAGAAAAGAAUGGAAAUUAGGUGUUCCUAUAGGGCAAGGAGGCUUUGGACGCCUAUACCUUGCUGAUGUUAAUUCUUCAAAGUCAGUUGGCAGUGAUGCACCUUAUGUUGCAAAAGUGGAACCCAGCCAGAAUGGACCUCUUUUUACUGAGUUAAAGUUCUACAUGCGAGCUGCUAAGCCAGAUGAAAUUCAGAAGUGGACUAAGUCCCAUAAACUGAAAUAUUUAGGUGUACCAAGAUAUUGGGGUUCUGGCUUGCAUGAAAAAAAUGGAAACAGUUAUCGAUUUAUGAUAAUGGACCGAUUUGGCAGAGAUCUUCAGAAGAUGUAUGAAGAGAACGCAAAGCGAUUUUCCCAUAAAACUGUACUACAAUUAGGCCUGAGAAUACUUGAUAUUCUGGAAUACGUCCAUGAGCAUGAAUAUGUGCAUGGAGACAUCAAGGCCGCAAACCUUCUCGUGAGUUACAAGAACCCUCAUCAGGUGUACUUGGUGGAUUAUGGACUUGCCUACCGAUACUGUCCUGAAGGAGUUCACAAAGUGUAUAAAGAAGAUCCUAAAAGGUGUCAUGAUGGAACUAUUGAGUAUACCAGUAUUGAUGCACACAAGGGUGUGGCGCCAUCGAGACGUGGCGAUCUGGAGAUCUUGGGUUACUGUAUGAUUCAUUGGCUUAGUGGCCAUCUACCAUGGGAGGAUAAUUUGAAAGAUCCAAAUUUUGUCAGAGAUUCAAAAAUCAGAUGUAGAGAUAAUAUUUCAGUUUUGAUGGACAAAUGCUUCCCUGGGAAAAAUAAACCAGAUGAAAUAGCCAAAUACAUGGAAAAGGUGAAGCUACUGAGCUAUGAAGAGAAACCUGUUUAUCAGCAUUUCCGAGAAAUACUUCUGCAAGGUCUUAAGGCCAUUGGGCAAAAAGAUGAUGGAGUACUUGACUUUGGCUUGUCAGAGAAUGGAGACUUGCAAACAAAUCCCACUCAAAAGAAAAAAAGAAAAGCAGCAGCUGCAACCAAUGAGAACACUGAAGCAGAAGUGGAAGAUACAGGAAGUCCAGAAAAAAAGAAACCUACUUCUUCUAAUGCGGUAGCUACCAGAACCCGGAAGGUGACCUCACCAAAACCCAAGAAAGGCACAGCAACCAGAAAGAGAGUCCAGAAGUAA